UAGCCUCAUGGAACCCGAAGCUAGCUAUAAAGGGUUAGCAUGCUAGGAAGUUAGCUUGCUAGCUGAGUCUGGAAGGAAGUGGUCCUUAGAGCUUGAACUUCCUCUAGACGGAGGGUUCACGUUUUGAAUUAUAUAUGGCCUGAAUGGUAUUAGACAGCUAGCCAAUACAAAUAUAAUAGUGUGAAUAAUACUGAACAAAAUGAAUUACAUGCCGGGGACAGCUAGCCUCAUCGAGGAUAUCGACAAAAAACACCUUGUCCUUCUCCGAGACGGAAGAACGUUGAUUGGGUUUCUUAGAAGUAUUGACCAGUUUGCGAAUCUAGUAUUACAUCAGACUGUUGAACGCAUCCAUGUCGGCAAGAAGUACGGGGACAUUCCCAGAGGAAUUUUCAUUGUGAGAGGAGAGAACGUUGUCUUGCUUGGAGAAAUAGACCUGGAGAAAGAAUGUGACACAGUUCUACAGCAGGUGUCCAUUGAGGAAAUCUUGGAAGAGCAACGGGCACAACAGCAAGCCAAACAGGAGGCAGAGAAGACCAAGCUGCAGGCCCUGAAAGACCGGGGACUGACCGUUCCCAGGACAGACAUGUUGGACGAAUACUGAGGGCAUAUAAGAUCGUCCCUCUGCCCUCUUAAUUUUCCGUUUCACUGGACACUUGCAUUUCAAGUGAUGACAACUUGUGGGAGACGUGUGACGCCAUGGGACGGGAAGGAAGACCGAUCUCGAGAGAGAGAACGGCGUACCGAAACUUGACUGCGUUUUGUUUGAUAGCAUUUUAAUUUAAUGGAAAAUAACUACGAACUGACAUCUUUUGUUGCCGGCAAUGGGUGAUGCCACACUCAGCCGACCGGCAGAUAAUGAGAAAGCACUUGUUUCUUGUAGUAAGAUUGUUUCUUAAAAAUUAUGGAACUGCAGUUUUAUGUUGUACUGUGUUUGUCUUGUUGAUGGUGGAUUUUUGGUUACCAUUUAAAAUAAGAGAUCAAACCAAUUAUUGCCAAGAAUUAUAUAUGUACAAUUAAGUAUCUUUUUUAGUUGAUCUCUUGCAAAGUAGAUUUUUGUAUGAUAUUUGAUUUAAAGAAUUGCUCAUUGCA